GAACACUUUAUCACGAACUAUUUACUCCGUAUUUUUUUUAAGUGUUUUUUUCGUGUCAAACGGUUGAAGACUCAAGUGUCCAACACCUCCGAAUCUCCAUUACCGCCGCCGUCACCAUCGCCGUCUGCCGCCUGCGCACCUCCCUAAGCAAUCAGAAGUCAUACAACUCAAAUUAACAACCAAAUUCAAACACAUUGCUAAUUACACCCUCAAAUUUGAGUUUGAGGUAACCAAUGGAUGAGAAGAAAAGGGAAGAGCUCAGUGGUUUACUCACUGUACUCCCUCCGGUGGAGUUUUGUUGUGUUUAUGGCUCAACUCUUCAUCCAAAUAAUCAUGAUCAGUCUCGGAUGAUUGAUUACAUUCUUGGUGUCCGAGAUCCUGUUGAAUGGCACUUGCAGAACUUGAAGAUGAAUAGGAAUCAUUUUGCCUCAUGGAUGGCGAACCUUGGUGGUGCGAAACUGAUUACUGGAGUUGCAGACAAAGUUGGUGUAGGGGUGCACUUCAACCCUUUUGUUUCUUGGAAUAACAAGACAUUUAAGUAUGGUGUAGUCAGAAUGCAUGACUUGGUUGAAGACAUACUGAACUGGGAAACAUUUUACUUGAGUGGUCGUCUACAAAAGCCUGUCCAUGUUCUUGUAGAUAACUUGGAUGUUGAGAAUCUAAACUCUUUUAAUUUAAGAGCUGCAACCUCAGCUGCUUUACUUCUUUUACCUUCCAAGUUCACUCAGGAAGACCUUUAUACAAAAAUCUGCAGUCUUUCUUACAACGGUGAUUUGCGCAUGCUUUUUGCAGAGGACAUGCAUAAGGUGAGAAAGAUUGUGCAAGGACAGUUUGAUUUAUUCAGGGGAAUUUAUAAGCCAGUUUUGGAAGAAUUUGCUACCAAAGACUUGUUAAGGUUUUCAUCAUCUGGUGCUCACCAGAAUAAUAUCAUUCAGGAUUGUGAUUUACCUGCAGUUCAGUCCCUUUUCUCUCGUCUUCCUAAAGCAGUGAGAAACCAUAUGAGCAUGAAUCUCGGGGACCAGCAAAAGUUGAAGUCUGGUCAAGAUGCUUAUGAAGCUGUAAUAAAAUCUAGAGCCGAGGCAGCAAAUUGCCUGGAAAAGAUUUUAAGACGCAAAGUCAUGGUUUCCAGCAUCCGGCAGGCUAUUGCUGGUGUUUUGACAGUAGGUGCUGUCAGAGCUACUAGGUAUCUUUCAAGUAAGAUGAACAAGGCUUGGAAGUCCUGGCUUUAAGAUUGAUCAGCUACUGUAAUGUAAUGAUUGUAAUCUGACCAUUUUGGCUUCUGUGAAUUUGUGACCGGCAACAUACUGAAGUUGGUCUUCAACACCACUACACCAGCACUCUUUACAAGUCAAAUUGAGGCUGAUUGGACAACACCACUACACCAGCACUCUUUACAAGUCAAAUUGAGGCUGAUUGGAACUAUACAAAUAUACGAUCAUGGUUUUUGCCUAGAUGUGAUCUUUGAGAAACUAAGAUUAAUGUGCAAUUGUGCAUAGGUUAAGAUUAUAGAAAAACCUGCCCAUCUUUGAUAGAAUAUAGGAAAUUUUGCUAUACAGUAUCUAGAAGGCUUAACACUGUUUGUAGCAGUUUUUAACUGAUUAAAAUUUAGCUUCGUUCUUUGGCUCUUUACAUCGCUGCAAUUGUAAGCUAAGUCUAAUUUUGUUGAUAAUUGGUGACUGGAUGAAUUAUUAUAUAGCUCUUUUUAGCCAAAAGCUGAUUGCGUUA